UCUGCUGUCUAGUUUUGUCGAUGUUUAAUUGAGGUUAUGAGUCGCCCGCUAGAGAAUAUUACUGCAAUGAAUCCGAGUGAUUUUAAGGAAACUUCGUGUAGGCUUUGCCUUAAAAAUAUAACAGAAGAAAGCUUCGAAGUAAUAGACGAUGCUACGAGAGAUAUUCUAGAUGUUUUUUUGCUGAAACUGAAAUUUGGUGACGGAAGCAAAGUAAUAUGUAAUGCUUGUAGAGUAAAACUGAAUGCAGCGUUAGAAUUUAAAACGAUGUGUUGGAAUACUGAUAACACAAUUAUUUCGUAUAUGGAUUGCGAGAAAAUGUUACAGCUAGAUUUAAGAGAAGUUUAUAUGAAAGAAAAGGCAAGCGAACAGUUAACUGAUGUUUCGUACGAUCAAAAAAUUUGUCGAUUGUGUAUGCAACCAGCAGAUAGUGAAUUUAGAUGUAUACUUGAAGAGGAACUCGAUAUUAUUGAGAAAUUCAUUCCGGAAAUGAACAUAAUCAUCGUCAAAGAUCCCGUUGUAUGUAAAGCGUGCCUCGAUUCUCUGUGCUAUCACAACAGUUUUCUAAAAGGUUGUUUAGAAGUACAGGAUAAAAUUAGAACCUUUUGUGAUAGUUCAACCACAGAUGGACAAAUACUUGCAUCAUCAUCUGAUUUACGUAUUAAGACUGAACACUUGGAGGAAGAAUCCGAUGUAAAAGAAAUGGAAAUAUCAAUUAAAACUGAAUUUGCCGAGGUGAAAUCGGAAGAAAGUGUGGAGGGAAGAAGCGGCGAAUCUUCCUCGAAACGACGAAUAUACAAGUGUGAAAUGUGCGAUUACGCGAUGAAAUAUCACUCUGGCUUCAAGUGCCACCAGCAAAAACACAAGUACCCUUCGGAGGUCAAAAUGUACUCGUGCAAACACUGCGACUAUAAAACAAAAUACAAGUAUUACCUCACGUGCCACUCUCUGAAACAUAAAGACUCCUCGCAAGUGCAAAUGUUCAAAUGCGACGCCUGCGACUAUGAAGGUAGAUACAAGAAAAACUUGACCCGUCACCAGCUGACGCACAGGGAUUCCUCCCAGAUUCAAAUCUACAGGUGUAACGGUUGCGAUUUUAAAACCAAACACGAGCGUAACAUGAGACGUCACAUCUUGAAACACAAGGACCCGUCGGUGAUCGAAAUGUACACGUGCAAGGACUGCGAUUAUGAAAGUCGACAUAAGCGGUACCUCGUACGUCACACCUCAAACCAUAAAGACGCCUCGCAAGUGCCGAUUUUCAAGUGCGACGAGUGCGAUUACAAAUCGAAGUGCAAGACGAACUUGGCUCAUCACCAGUCGGUGCACAAGGUUCCCUCCGAGGUCGAAACGUUCAAGUGCAACGACUGCGACUUUCAAACUAAACACAAGAGCAAUAUCAGACACCACUUGCUGUCACACAGGGACCUUUCCGAAGUUCCGCUGUACAAGUGCAACUACUGCGGGUAUGAAACGAAGUACAGGAGAAAUUUGAAACGUCAUCAGUUGACACACAAAGAAUGUACAGUGAUUGAGUGAGACUAAGCACAACGUGAAACAUCAGACGUAGGUCCACAAAAAAAUGGUUACAGACGUUUAAGGGCAGCUGUUACAAUAUUUGGAAUUAAGGAUAAAUAAAAAAGAGGAAAAUUUUUUUCGAUUUUCUAUGUUUAUCAGGCUUUCCAAAUACGUCAUUAAAAUUAAUGACAUUAUGAUUGUAUCACCCUGUAUUACCUC